CCUCCUCAAAUUCAGUCGAUUUCCUAUACAUCAAGGAUGUUCUCUUUAUAGCCGCGUCGUGCACACAAUGCUUCUUCAUAGCAAGCUAAUUGAUGUUGUUGUUGUUGUUUGCCGAUAUUCCAGCUGUCCAACCUAUCGUCAUCUGUCUGCAUGUCGAUUUUGCUAACCCUUUAGUUACGCCAAAUAGUCAAAUGAUCUGCUAUAAUCGGUUGAGUGGUCCUUCAAUGUUCCAUUGCUCUAUAUUCGAAAUGUGUGUUUGAACGCUUCCCAAAGAUCCUAGUGGUCCGUCAGCUGGUUUCUAUCACCGUCAGCUGCGAAUGCCUCUCUGUCAGUUUUCUAGAGCUACGGAACAAAGCGAAUUUACUACUAUACGUGCAGCACGAUGUAACAACUUGCAACGUAGCCGGAUGUACCGUGCAAGUGAAAUAGAAGGAGCUACGUCGGUAGACGUCGUCACUCAUAAGGUACCGCGGAACAGUGGUUGUAGUUCGGAAGAAGCGGCAAGCCAGGGACUUCUAGCCCCGUUCUUUUUCCACUGCAAUGUAUGCCCGUUACGUUUUAACUCGAUUCAGUUUCUAAAGCGGCAUAAAGCAAAGGUUCAUGGCGAAGCCCAGGUUCCAUACAAAUGUCCGCGGUGCGUCUUCUCCUGUCACGAUUACGCUUACUUCAGCGGCAGAAACAGCUCGCUGUAUAAACCUUGUAUUCGGCGAAGAUCCAGACCCGCUGCAAAGUGGAUAACGAAGAGUUGAGAGCUAUCGUGAAAACCUAUCUAUUUCAAAAUUCAUAUGUAUUAGUACUCAGAUCUAGCGAAUGUAAAAACGUUAUACCUAGGUUGAACUCGGUCAAAUUAAUAGAUUAAAAAAAAAAUUGGGAAAAUGGGUGCCGCAUGACUUGAGCGAGGAUCAACAACAGAUAUGAAGAAGAUCAGAUCAAAUAGAUGCUUCCAUUUUUUUGCCCUCACGUUAUAGCAAUCAUCUAUUCUUGCAAUAGAUAACAAUAGAUACAAAGCCACAACACAGUUAUGGCUUACAAUUAAAAAUAUAUCCUCUACGAUGUAUGCAACAUUAGCGGCGGUAUCUCGCACUAAAGCAUACGUACAGCUUUGAAAGAUUUUGGUAUUUGUUAAGUAAUUUAUUUAUUACAGUUUUACGGCUGAAUUGCACUAUCAACAAUAAGAGGAGGUUAUAAAAAAAAAAAGCUACGCAUUAAAUAGCUAGAAUUAGUGAACGGAAAUAAAUCGCUUGUGUUACUGAACUGUACAAUUUUUUUCAAACUCUAGACAUAUUUUGAAUAAGAAAAUUCUAUUCUUGCCAUGUCGAUAUGCCAUGCUAUAUAUAUGAUGUCAUGCUCUCUAAGAUAUCGUAAAGCCUUAUGCCCCGGACUCUUGCAAUAGUGCAAUAGCUUAGUUCAAAUCCAAAGGGCAGACGGUCAU